CCAUGCCUUUAUCCUGUGUCGCUCUUACUCUCUGCAGCCCAGCUAGAGCAACUCUCUCAGCCUUCCUCUCAUUCUUCACGCAUUCUGCCCAUUUCUCCUCCACCAUGAACUACAGAUCAGAGCGCAUGUCUUCCGUGCAUUCAGCCCCAGCUUACCGUGCUGCCAGCAUUUAUGGCGGGGCAGGGGGCUACGGCGCGCGGAUCUCCUCGUCCUCCUCAUCGAGCCUCCGUUCUGCGGCCCCGGGCGGGAUCACCGCGUCCUCGGCCUUCACCCAGAGGAACUCGGCGGGGGCGUCCCUCCAGGGGGGUGUGGGGGCGGCGCUGGGGAACGAGAGGGGCCAGAUGCAGAACCUGAACGAGCGCCUGGCGACCUACCUGGAUAAGGUGCGCAGUCUAGAGCAGGCCAAUGCCAAGCUGGAGGCCCAGAUCAGGGAGGCGCUGGAGAAGAGUGGGCCGGAGACCAAAGACUACAGCCGCUACAAUGCCAUCCUGGACGACCUCAGGAAGCAGGUGUUUGACAUGAUUGUGGAUAAUGCUCGCCUGGUGCUGCAGGUAGACAAUGCCAGACUUGCUACUGAUGACUUCAGAGUCAAGUAUGAAUCUGAGCUGUCCAUUCGUCAGUCUGUGGAGGGAGACAUUGCUGGGCUGAAGAAGGUGAUUGACGACACAAAUCUCGGCCGCAUGAACAUCGAGGGUGAGAUUGAGUCUGUGAAAGAGGAGCUGUCCUUCCUACAGAAGAACCAUGAGAACGAAGUUUCAGACCUGAUGGGUCACAUCUCCCAGUCAGGAGUGCAGGUGGAUGUGGAUGCUCCUAAGGGACAGGACCUCGCUCAGGUCAUGGAUUCGAUGAGGGCCAACUAUGAGAAGAUGGCUCUGAAGAAUGUUGAAGAGCUCAAGAUGUGGCAUGAGAACCAGAUGUCGGAGGUGCAGGUUCAGGUGUCUCAGAACACAGAGGCCUUGCAGGGAGCACAGAUGGAGAAGAAUGACCAGAGGAGGCAAAUACAGACCCUGGAGAUAGAAUUGGCAUCCCAACAGAGCCUGAAAUCAUCUCUUGACGACACGCUGCGCAGCACAGAGCUACGCUGUAACGGUGAGAUGGAGAAGUACAACGACGUCAUCCGACAGCUGGAGGCAGAGCUUGGGCAUAUAAAGUCCAAGGUCACAGAGCAGGGCCAGGACUACGAGGCCCUCCUGAACAUGAAGAUGAAGCUGGAGGCUGAGAUCGCCACCUACCGCCACCUGCUGGACGGGGAAGACACCAUGCCAUGGUCCCAGCAGCCCCAACAGCCCCAACAGCCCCAACAGCCCCAACAGCCCAAGCAGCCCAAGCAACCCAAGCAACCCAAGCAACCCAAAUCCAAGUUCAAUUUGACAGAUGCUCUGGGGGAGCUGGAAAAUCAGGAGGAGUGAAGACACACACACACACCACACAGCAGGCCUAAGAGAAGAGAAAACCACUGAUUCAUCAAAGAGACCCAUCAAAGCAGAGAUAUGCUAUGAAAGACUGCUUUAGAGCCACUGUGAAUUUUAUUUCAAACCACAAACAGACGAUGACAAUAAAUAUCCCUUAUGGUGGAA